GCCCGCACUCGCCUAAGGAGCCAUGGAGCCCGGCUCGGAGUCGCAGCCGCCGCUGCUGCUGCCGCCGCUGCUGCUGCUGGUGCUUCUGCUCGCCGCCCCCGCGACUCUCGCUUCAGCCCACUAUGGCUCGCAGAGGGCCCAGGAGGACUGGUGGGCCUACAAGGAAGUGGUGCAGGGGAACUUCAUACCCGGCCCGGCAUUCUGGGGCCUGGUAAACUCUGCAUGGAGCCUGUGCUCCGUAGGUAAGAAGCAGUCACCCGUCAACAUCGAGACCAGUCGGAUGAUCUUCGACCCCUUUUUGCUGCCUCUGCGCAUCAACACUGGCGGAAGAAUGGUCAGUGGCACGAUGUACAACACGGGUCGGCACAUGACGCUACGCUUGGACAAGGACCACCUCGUCAAUAUCUCUGGAGGCCCCAUCGUCUAUGGCAACCGCUUGGAGGAGAUCCGACUCCAUUUUGGCAGCAAGGAUGGACAAGGCUCAGAGCACAUGCUGAACGGACAGGCGUUUGCAGGAGAGGUGCAGCUAAUUCACUACAACCACGAGCUCUACACAAACGUUUCGGACGCAGCCCGCAACCCAGCAGGACUCACCAUCGUCACCAUUUUUAUGAAGGUGUCGGAGACUACUAACCGGUUUUUGGACAGACUGCUCAACCGAGACACCAUAACAAGAAUCGCAUACAAAAAUGACGCCUACCUGCUUCAGGGUCUAUCUGUCGAAGAACUCUACCCAGAUACGUCAAGCUACAUCACAUACGAAGGAUCCAUGACGACGCCACCCUGCUAUGAGACCGUCACCUGGAUCGUCAUGAACAAACCAGUGUAUAUCACUCACCUGCAGAUGCAUUCCCUUCGACUACUUAGCCAAAACCUUCCAUCUCAGAUCUUUCUGAGUAUGAACGACAAUUUCAGGCCAACUCAAACGCUCAGUAGCAGAUGCGUCCGCACCAACAUCAACUUCAACUUUUCUGGCAGAGACUGCCCCAACAAGAAACCGCAAAAGCUGAAGUACAGAGUCAAUGAAAUUAUUUUGAAAUAAGAAGAAACUAUUCAACACUCGCGGUGCACAAAAAAAACCGUCCAUACUUUUUUUUCAAGGUCUACAUUGGAGAAUAUUGAGAACGAGGGUGCACGACAUUUUGAUAAUCACUUAUAUUCUUUAUUCUGGAAUCCAC